CGUCGGUCGCGGGUCGGAGUCUCGCUCGCUCCCUCGCGCAGUGGCAUAGAACGCGUUCGUUGGAGGCGUUCGACUUUCAAGUGGCGACGUACGCUAGCGUGUAUGUCUUCAUUAUUGAUGCAAAAGUUCCACGAUGGUAGAUCAUAACCAGAAAUUGUUACAGGAGUUGCAAAAGAAAAGUGGAAACAAUGUUUGUGCCGAUUGCGGAAGUCCGGAGCCGGACUGGGCUUCGUACAAUCUCGGUAUUUUCAUAUGCAUGCGGUGCGCGAGCAUCCACCGCGGCAUGGGGGCUCAUAUCAGCAAGGUGAAGCAUCUGAAGCUCGAUCGAUGGGAGGACUCUCAAGUGGAAAGAAUGAAGGAAGUAGGGAAUGCAGCCGCCAAGAACAAAUACGAGGAGAGAGUGCCCCCGUGCUAUCGAAGACCUAACUGGAACGAUCCACAAGUGCUGAUCGAGCAAUGGAUUCGUGCGAAAUACGAACGAGAGGAGUUCAGUCAUCCGGAACGGCAGACUUACUUAUCUGGUACCAUGGAAGGGUUCCUCAUGAAGCGCGGCAAGGAAGACAGCCGCUACCAACUCAGAAAGUUUAUCCUAAGCGAGAAUGAGGACACGCUCAAGUAUCACCCCGCUUCAGACGGCUGCGGCCGUACAACGGGUUGUCUCGGUCGUAUAAUCGAUCGUCUCCGAGUCAAAAACUUUGGUCGCUUGAGAUACCACGUAAGAGAAAAUAAGGAGCCUAAGGGCAUUCUCAAAUUGUCUGAGUUGAACGUAGUGUUCGCUCCGGCUAAGAUCGGGCAUAUGAAUUCAAUGCAACUGACCUUUAUGAAGGAUGGGACGACGAGGCACAUAUACGUGUACCAUGAGGAGCCAGAGGUUAUAAACAAUUGGUAUACAGCAAUCCGAUGCGCCCAACUACACCUACUCCAAGUGGCGUUCCCAUCAACCCCUCAAUCAGACCUGGUGUUGCGUCUGCCGAAGGACUUCGCCCGCGAGGGUUGGCUGUGGAAGACCGGGCCGCGGGCCUCGGACGCUCACCGACGCCGCUGGUUCACCGACAAUAGGAAGUUAAUGUACCACGAUGAGCCAUUGGACGCGUAUCCGAAAGGCGAGAUAUUUGUUGGCAACGAGUCAAACGGCUACUGCAUCAAAGUGUCCAACACUGGUAACGGGUGCAAGGAGGCGCGCUUCCCGUUCCAGCUGGUGACGCCGGAGCGCACGUACUGCCUCGCCGCCACCUCGCACGACGACCGCGACGGCUGGCUCGCCGUGCUGCAGCAGACCAUCAAGCGCCCCGUCACGCCGCAGGACUCGCUCGUUGAAGCAAUCCUGGUCAGGAAGCGCGCGACGUCGAACCCAAUCAGCAUAUUCUCGGGGAGGUAGUUGCAUAAAAUCAAUACAAGGAAGCUAUGCACAGCUCCGACAUGUGCUUAAUGGAACUGACUGCAACGUUUUAAUAUAAAUUAUUUAGUGCCGGACGCCGCGCUGGUAGCGACGCGGUAGCUUUCUAUCGCUUUGACAAUGUUUUAUUUAUCGCAGGCGAUAAGGGCGGCCGCACACGAGCCGGUCCGUUCCGGAUCGGAAUGAGGACCAAUUAGUAAAUCCUGUACUAAGUAUACUUAUAAUUGGUGUUACUUUACGGGUCCGGCGUAUACAUUAAUUCCGUGGAAUUUUUUAAUGAUACCGUGUGCGGUCGGAUAUAAUUAUUUCAACAAAGAAGCAUAGGGCUAUUCAAGUAAACAUAUUAAUUAGGGCAAUUCACUUAGCACAUGACUUACUGUCAGCAAUGAGUCAGAUUGAUGUACGCUAUAAGUGUAGGUAAAUUUUUAUUUAGAGAAUGCAAUUUGGGUUAGGAUACUGACUUUUGCUGACAGUGGAGUCGAAUUUACUGAGCUAAAAAUUCACUGGUUUUAAUAGUCGAUUGACUAGAAUAGAAAAAACAAAGCACCGCGUUGCCGCAUCGUCCAAUGGGACUAGAAUUUAAUUUUUAACAUUGACUGUAAAUAAAAUCAACAACUACA